CUCCUAUUUGGAAGAGUCCAUUGUAGCAUAAAGAAGGGUUACUCUCAGGAUUUAUCAUAUGGAUGAAAGCCUGAUAGGGAUCGACACAGAAAAGGACGACAUAAGCAUCCAGCAGCACUUUGUUAUACAAGAAAAUAUCUUCAUUAUCUUCAUAUUUGUGUAUAUAUUUACUGUGGCAUGUGGACUGAGUGUCCGGCUGAAGAAAUGGAGACAGCAAAGAUCCAGUGCCUCUUAGCCUGGGAGCUUCAUUGUUUUGCUGUUGAGCUCUGACCUCAUGUCUCGCUUAGUAAUAGUGUUAACCUAUAGACAAGUUGGGAUGAAGGCACUGUAGGUGAAGAAAAUCAAAGUCUAUAUGCUGGAUUAACUCUGCAUAAUAUUAAGAUGGGUCAUCCUGCAUCUGGGCAUGUUAACGUUCAUGUUGCUCAGAAUAUGGAUCAAAUUGGGGCCUACUCAAUAAUGGAUUCUUCCAGGGUCUCCACAUUCAUAAUUUCUAUACUUCUUAUAGUGUAUGGAAGCUUUAGAUCUUUAAACCUAGACCAAGAAAACCGCCAGAAACAGGAGAAAGAUGGCUCAUUUUCUGUAGUGAAUGGUGGUGAGAACUCUAAUCAAAGUAGUGAAGCAGAUAAUGUUCAAACUAUUGACAGCUGCCAAGCCAUGUUCCUGCCUAUUGGGGCCUCCAUCUCUCUCCUCAUCAUGUUUCUCUUUUUUGACUCCCUGCAGAUGGUGUUUGCAGUCUGCACUGCAAUGUUGGCUACUAUUGCUUUUGCAUUUCUAUUACUACCCAUGUGCCAGUAUCUCCUUCGUCCAUGUUCAUCGGGACAAAAAAAGUCAUUUGGAUACUGUGGCCGUUUUACAGCUGCAGAGAUCUUAUCAUUCUGCAUGUCUGUGUGUAUAGUAUGUACCUGGGUGCUAACAGGGCACUGGCUUUUAAUGGAUGCCCUAGGAAUGGGAUUGUGUGUAGCAUUCAUUGCACUAGUUCGCCUCCCAAGUUUGAAGGUUUCAACAUUACUGUUACUGGGCCUCCUCUUGUAUGAUGUGUUUUGGGUAUUCUUUUCCUCCUUCAUAUUCAGCACAAAUGUGAUGGUUAAAGUAGCAACACGACCAGCAGAAAAUCCAGUCGGCGCAUUUGCCAAGAAAUUUCAUCUAACUGGCCUGAUGCGUGACGCACCAAAGCUGUCGCUUCCAGGAAAAUUAGUGUUUCCCAGCAUGCACAACGAAGGUCACUUUUCCAUGUUGGGCCUAGGGGAUAUUGUAAUGCCAGGCCUACUUUUGUGCUUUGUUAUGAGAUAUGAUGCAUACAAGAGAGGACAAGUUAGCACAGCUGAUACUGGCCUACCUCCACCCCCACAGUAUUAUCACAAGAUUACCUAUUUCCACUGCUCGCUCAUUGGUUAUUUUCUUGGACUAUUGACAGCCACCGUGUCCUCUGAAGUGUUCAGAGCUGCACAACCAGCAUUGCUCUAUCUAGUUCCUUUUACGUUGCUUCCACUCCUGACAAUGGCUUAUUUGAAGGGUGAUCUUCGUAGGAUGUGGAGUGAGCCAUUUCUCUCACCUGCCCCAUCCAAGUACAUGGAUGUAUAAACUGUGGAUGCUGGGCAGUGUAGUGCCCUGGGAGCUGGAUGCUUUAGUGGUGCUUAUUAUAGGUCAUUUCAUAGCCUUCAUUAAGUUGUGCUAGUAAGGGGACAAGUCAGGCUUGAGAGGUAGCAAGUCAAGGCAUCAUGGAUAGUAUUACUACUAGUAUCUUCUCAUAGAUUUGUUUAAGGUUUUAUUGCUUGGCAAUGGGUUCAGUGUCAAAUGGCCUGCAUUGGGAUAAUGCUGCUCACCAAAAGGAUAUAGUAGCAGUGCGAAGAGUUUGCUUCUGUAUGUAUUAGAUGAUGUGUCAAAUAUUCUAGGCCUCUGUGCUGUUGGUGAUUGCUUGCUCAGAAAUGUGGUUUAUUCACCAAGAGGUAAAAGAAAGAACUUGCACUGUGGUUUUAUUUGAAUGAAGAAAAACAUGGCCAUGUCAGAGAAGUGACCGGCAGGGGAAAUUUCCAGUGUAUAUAGCUCUAAACAUAGAUACAUUCAUUAUACAUGUGCAUAUAUACUUGGUUAGAAAUUACUUUUAUUUGAUAUCUCCAUCUCAUUUUCAUCAGUAUCAUCCAUGUCUUUUAUAUUUUAGCAAAACAUGAAAUUGACAAAAUAAUUAAGACAUAUGUAUAAUAGAAGUGGUACAUACCUGAUUGAUUAUUUAUUUUGGCAUGGCACACUAGUGAAGUUUUUGUGAUCAGGUAAUAUGAAAAAUGUUAAUGGUGUCUUCAUUUAAUAAGCAUGCAAAAUAUGUCAACACUGCUUAUUUGGAGAUGGGAAAAUACAUAGUUUUCCUCUGAAAGGUCAAAAAUUGACCAGAACUGUGGGUGCUGCAAAAUCUGACUUCCCCAUUUUGUUCCACUUGUAUUUUAAAUUCCUCUUAUAGAUCUUUCUCUUUUCUGAUGAAAAAAGAAAAACAAUUGAAAUUUUAACCGUUUUAUCUGACUUGAAGAGAGUGUAAUUAUUUUUGAGUUGGAAAGAAUCCAGGCUGAGAAUACUUUUAUGGAAUACAACUGUAGCACAUAAUUCAAAUCUUUCAGUGACAUCACAAAAUGUUGGUGACAUUUCAACUACCAUUGCUUUUCACUCAAAUUGCUCUAUAGCCACAGUUUGUGUUUGUUUAUUUAAUUACCAAUAAUUGCAAUAUAUAACUUUAGAAAAGGGACCUCUGGUUUAGAUUUGGGAUUCCCUUGUAAGUUUCUCUCCGUCAUUCAGUCUGUAUUUAUGAAAGGGGUAUGAUUACAUUAAGAAGAUAUGGUGCUAUCAGUGGGCUCAAUUGAAAUGGCUUUCAAGAUCGACAGCCAAUAAAUGUUCAUUUCUCAGUAAUACUCAGAUCAUUGACCUUUUGAUUAAGUAAUUUUAUUGUUGUGUAUACAACAAUUAAAAUUGAUUCUUUUAUUGUUGUCUGUGAAUCCUUAUGCAUUAGUCCUUAACUACUACACUUUAUAGAGAAUUGGGUAAUUUUGAUCCAUUCAGAUUUCAUAUAGUGUAAGUGUUUAGUCGUUGGGUGCAAUAUUGUGAACACAUUUUCUUAUUGCUAUGUGGAUUUUAUGUAACCAGUACACUUAUACAAAAGUAGAAUGCAUGAUUGAUCUUUGUCAGAAAUGCUCCAAGCACAUAGUGGUUGCAUUAAAUCAGUGUUUUUAAUUGUUUACAUUCAUUAAGUAAGAUACUCUGUAUGUAGGUAUGAUAUGUGUAUUCAUGUACUUCAGAUUGAUAUAAUAAUGAGUCUUUCAUGUAAACAUUAAUUAAGUAGGAACUUCUUUAAAUUCCGCUGCUAUGUAUAGAAAUGACCAAAGUUGCUAGUAAAGCGCUGGAUUGGUUGUAAAAUCACUUCUGUGUACUUGGCAAUAAACAAUUUAAAUUGAACAAAUGUU